CCGGGCCAUGCGGCCGCGGCCCGUGGCGGUGGUGGCCGCCGUGGUGCUGCUGCUGAGCGGCGUGGGGCCGGCGCGCGGCUCCGAGGACAUCGUGGUGGGCUGCGGGGGCUUCGUCAAGUCGGACGUGGAGAUCAACUACUCGCUCAUCGAGAUAAAGUUGUAUACCAAGCAUGGGACUUUGAAAUACCAGACAGACUGUGCCCCUAACAAUGGUUACUUUAUGAUCCCCUUGUAUGAUAAGGGAGAUUUCAUUCUGAAGAUCGAGCCUCCUCUAGGGUGGAGUUUUGAGCCAACGAACGUGGAGCUCCACGUGGACGGCGUCAGUGACAUCUGCACCAGGGGUGGGGACAUCAACUUCGUGUUCACGGGCUUCUCUGUGAAUGGAAAGGUUCUCAGCAAAGGGCAGCCCCUCGGUCCUGCAGGAGUCCAGGUGUCUCUGAGAAACACAGGGACCGACUCGAAGAUCCAGUCCACAGUUACACAGCCUGGUGGAAAGUUUGCAUUUUUUAAAGUUCUUCCUGGAGAUUACGAAAUCCUUGCCACUCAUCCAACCUGGGCGUUGAAGGAGGCCAGCACCACUGUGCGAGUGACCAACUCCAACGCCAAUGCCGCCAGUCCCCUCAUAGUGGCCGGCUACAACGUGUCUGGCUCUGUCCGCAGCGACGGAGAGCCCAUGAAAGGGGUGAAGUUUCUUCUCUUUUCUUCUCUAGUAACCAAAGAGGAUGUCCUGGGCUGCAACAUCUCGCCUGUGCCCGGGUUCCAGCCCCAAGACGAGAGUCUGGUGUAUUUGUGCUACGUGGUCUCCAAAGAAGAUGGCUCAUUCUCCUUCCAUUCCUUGCCCAGUGGGGGCUACACUGUGGUUCCCUUCUAUAGAGGGGAGAGGAUUACCUUUGACGUCGCUCCUUCCAGACUUGACUUUACAGUGGAGCAUGACAGCCUGAAAAUUGAGCCCGAGUUCCACGUCAUGGGAUUCUCUGUCACUGGGAGGGUCUUGAAUGGACCCGAAGGAGAAGGUGUUCCGGAAGCCAUAGUCACUCUGAAUAACCACAUCAAAGUCAAAACGAAGGCUGACGGCUCAUUCCGUCUGGAGAACAUAACAACGGGGACGUACACCAUCCAUGCUCAGAAGGAGCACCUCUACUUUGAAACGGUGACCAUCAAAAUCGCACCUAACACCCCUCAGCUGGCUGACAUCAUUGCAACAGGGUUCAGCGUCUGUGGCCAGAUAUCAAUCAUUCGCUUCCCUGACGCUGUCAAGCAGAUGAGUAAAUACAAAGUUGUCCUGUCGUCUCAAGACAAGGACAAGUCUUUGGUCACCGUGGAGACUGAUGCUCAUGGAUCAUUUUGUUUUAAAGCAAAACCAGGGACCUACAAAGUCCAGGUGGUGGUUCCCGAGGCGGAGACCAGAGCGGGGCUGACACUGAAACCCCAGACGUUUCCUCUCGAGGUCACUGACAGGCCGGUGUUGGACGUGGCCUUUGUGCAGUUCUUGGCGUCAGUCUCUGGGAAAGUCUCUUGUUUGGACACGUGUGGCGAUCUGCUGGUGACCCUGCAGUCCCUGAGCCGCCAGGGCGAGAAGCGGAGCCUCCAGCUCUCGGGCAAGGUCAACUCGAUGACUUUCACGUUUGACAACGUGCUCCCCGGAAAAUACAAAAUAAGCAUCACGCACGAAGACUGGUGCUGGAGGAACAAGAGUCUGGAGGUGGAAGUUCUGGAAGAUGAUGUGUCCGCGGUUGAGUUUAGGCAGACGGGCUAUAUGCUGCGAUGUUCCCUCUCUCAUGCCAUCACUCUGGAAUUUUAUCAGGAUGGAAAUGGACCUGAGAAUGUGGGAAUUUAUAACCUCUCCAAAGGAGUCAACCGAUUCUGCCUGUCCAAGCCUGGCGUGUACAAGGUGACCCCUCGCUCCUGCCACCGGUUUGAACAAGCCUUCUACACCUACGACACGUCUUCACCCAGUAUCUUGACGUUGACAGCCAUUCGCCACCACGUCCUGGGAACUAUCACCACUGACAAGAUGAUGGAUGUCACCGUGACCAUCAAGUCUUCCAUUGACAGCGAGCCCGCCUUGGUCCUCGGCCCUCUGAAGUCUGUGCAGGAGCUGCGGAGGGAGCAGCAGCUGGCCGAGAUUGAGAGCCGCAGGCAGGAGAGAGAGAAGAACGGCCAAGAGGAAGGCGGAGAGGAGAGGACCAAACCGCCCGGACAGGAGAUGGUGGACGAGUUACAAGGCCCCUUCUCCUACGACUUCUCUUACUGGGCACGGUCUGGAGAGAAAAUCACUGUCACACCCUCGUCCAAGGAGCUGCUCUUUUAUCCUCCUUCCAUGGAAGCCACCGUCAGCGGAGAAAGCUGCCCAGGGAAGCUGAUCGAGAUCCAUGGGAAAGCAGGCUUAUUUCUAGAAGGCCAGAUCCACCCAGAGCUGGAAGGAGUUGAGAUUGUCAUCAGUGAAAAGGGGGCAAGUUCACCCCUGAUCACAGUCUUUACUGAUGACAAAGGAGCCUACAGUGUUGGGCCUCUGCACAGCGACCUGGAAUACACCGUGUCCUCGCAGAAGGAGGGCUACGUCUUGACUGCGGUGGAAGGAACCAUAGGAGACUUUAAGGCUUAUGCCUUGGCAGGCGUGAGCUUUGAGAUAAAAGCUGAAGAUGAGCAGCCCCUCCCUGGCGUCCUCUUAUCCCUCAGCGGUGGCGUGUUCCGUUCCAACCUCUUGACUCAGGACAAUGGCAUCCUGACCUUCUCAAACCUGAGUCCUGGCCAGUACUACUUCAAACCGAUGAUGAAGGAGUUCCGGUUCGAGCCAUCCUCACAGAUGAUUGAGGUGCAGGAGGGGCAGAACCUGAAGAUCACUGUCACCGGGUACCGCACGGCCUACAGCUGCUACGGUACAGUCUCUUCCUUGAACGGAGAACCAGAACAGGGUGUUGCCGUGGAAGCCGUGGGACAGAACGACUGUAGUAUUUACGGAGAGGACACCGUGACGGAUGAAGAGGGCAAGUUCCGGUUACGGGGAUUGCUGCCGGGAUGUGUGUACCACGUUCAGCUCAAGGCAGAAGGCAACGACCACAUCGAGCGGGCCCUCCCCCACCACCGGGUGAUUGCGGUCGGGAAUAACGACAUCGAUGAUGUCAACAUCAUAGUUUUCCGGCAGAUUAAUCAAUUUGAUUUAAGUGGAAAUGUGAUCACUUCCUCUGAGUAUCUUCCCACAUUAUGGGUGAAGCUUUACAGAAGUGAAAACCUCGACAGUCCCGUCCAGACGGUGUCUCUCGGGCAGUCUCUCUUCUUCCACUUCCCGCCCCUGCUCAGGGAUGGCCAGAAUUACGUGGUGCUGCUGGACUCCACGCUCCCCAGGUCGCAGUAUGACUACGUCUUGCCGCAGGUCUCUUUCACUGCAGUGGGCUACCACAAGCACGUCACCUUGAUCUUCAAUCCCACGAGGAAGCUGCCUGAGCAGGACAUCGCCCAGGGAUCCUACAUUGCCCUGCCUCUGACGCUGCUUGUCCUGCUGGCCGGCUACAACCACGAUAAGCUCAUUCCCUUGCUGUUGCAGUUGACAAGUCGACUGCAGGGAGUCCGAGCUCUCGGCCAGACAGCCUCUGACAACAGUGGCCCAGACGAUGCAAAGAGACAAGCCAAGAAACAGAAGACACGGCGGACGUGAGGAGGAAGAGGGGCAGUUGAAAUCUCACUCGGGACAGGCCACAGCCAGGGGGCCACCACUUGGCCUUGGCAUAAAAGCGUGCGUCUGACCACCUUCAGCACGUGCCGUUUACCCCAGGCACCUCUGUCGGCGUAGCUGCCUGUACCUGUCCUUCCCCUUGCCCGGCCCCGCAGUGCAAUGCGAUGAAUGGACCCUCCUGUCACUCUGCUGAGCACAAUUUAUUUUCUGAGUUGAAGAUAAUUUAUUAUUAUUAUUUUUGUCAAAGAAGUAUUUAAGCUGGUGGUAUGAGGAUGUGAUUCUUGAUCUUCAGCAUUCUUUUGCAAGAAUCCCAGUAAACAUGGGUUUUGGUCCGCCACUGAAGCGCCUGUUGGGUUUACGUCUUCCCUCAAUUUCCCUCUGCAUCCGAGAUCCCUGCUGGAAACUGCACAACUUGUAUCUACUCCCAGGAGGAUGUGUUAGGAGGUAAAAAUCAAUAAAAUUGCCCGUUCAUUUGUGUUGUAGCUCA